AGAAAUAAAAAAUAAAUGUGUUGAUAAUUGUGUUGUGACCUGGUCAUACCAAUAAUUGGAUUUACCAAGCUAUAUAAUUUUCUGUGUUUUAUACUGACUUGCGCAAAAUAUAAAAUACCCUGCCUAAUAAAAAUAUAUAGCGCAAGCGUAUUUAAUAAUAUUCACCCUUAUAUAUAUUUUUUAAUAUAGGUGGUAGUUUUGUAAAAGCAACAGACUGCUGUGUAUACACCCCCGCCCACGUAUUUAUUCGACAUAGAAGCACGUUUGUAAUCAAACAAACAAGACGAAAUAUUUCGUCAUAUAAUUAAUAAAUAAUGUGUAAAUUAUUAUUAUAUUAUUAUUUAUGGGCAAUUGUUAAUUAGCCCAAAAAUAUUAAUUACAAUUUGUGUUAAGUGGAUAGUCAUGAUUCUAACUGGAUCCGACCAUUUUCUUGUGGAGAAUGGAAACUUUCAUGUUUUCAUCGUAGGACCUGUUUGGCUAACUGCGUUGUUGGGAGCAGUCGCUGGUUUUGUCACACUUUUAUUAGUAUUACUAAUAUAUUUAUCAAAAAAAUGGUCAUUAACACCAGUAAAACAAACAACUAGAUUUGGAGGUAUUUGUGUACCAGUUAAUGAGCCUUGUAAUAAUACAGAAAAAAAUUUAGUAUUAUCUUAUCCAGAAGCUGAAACAAGUUCUGAUUCUGAAGAAGACGCACUUCGUAGACUUCAACUAAAUUCAAGAUCUCAUCAUUUAGAUACACUCACAAUCCAAACUGAGGAUGAUUCAACAAUUAAUGAUGCAGUUAAUUCAUCAUCAAUUUGUUGCAAUGGAGAUCACUCAUCAGAUCAACAAGAGUGGAUGGUCGAUGUGGGAUCACCGAGUAUCUUGAUGGAAACACGUGAAAAUGAAGAAAUGAUUGAAGAAUUAUGUACUCCAUCAUCAAAUGAAAAUGUAACAAAUAUUAAUGGAACAAUUGAUGAUAUUGGUUAUUUAGAAGUUGCAUUUCUUUAUGAUGCACCAAUGCGUGAAAUGACAAUUCAAGUACUUCAAGGAAAAAAUUAUCCAGCUGGAAUUGGUGGUAGUCAAGUUAGAUUAGUAUUAUUACCAUCUAAAAAACAAAGACGUAAAACAAGAUUACGACAAGGUUGUUCACCACAAUAUAUGGAAAGUUUUUUAUUACCACGAGUUAAUCCAGAGGAUGUUAAUACAAUGGGUGUUAGAUUAAGAGUUUAUCUAUGGAGUGGAAGAAUGAGACGUGAACGUUUACUUGGUGAAGCUAGAGUUUGUUUUGAUCAAAUUAAUCUUCAAUUAGAAACAAUAUUAUGUUUACCACUUCAAGUACCACCAACAUCAUCAAGUCAAGAUUGGGGUACAACAACAAGUUUAACUAGAAGUGAUUCAACUGGAUCUCAACAAUCAGUACAAUCAUAUGCAAGUCCAACAACACCACCUUAUGGUAGUAGUAUGAAAGGUGGUAGUAUUGCUGAAAUAUUAAUUGGUCUUGCAUAUAAUGGAACAACUGGACGUAUUACUGUUGAAAUAAUAAAAGGUUCACAUUUUCGUGGUGAUGGUGGUAAUGAUACAAAACCACCUGAUACAUAUGUCAAGCUUACAUUGGUUGAUAGUAAUGGUCUUGAAAUGGGUCGUUCAAAAACUGGUUUAAGAAGAGCACAACCAAAUCCACUUUACAAAGAAACUUUUAUAUUUCAGGUUGCUCUUUUUCAGCUUGGUGAUGUUACAUUAUUUAUAUCAGUAUACAAUCGACGACGUUCAGCAAUGGGUAAAAAAGGACGUGAAAUGAUUGGAUGGCUAUGUCUUGGUUUAAAUAGUUCUGGACCAGAAGAAUUACAACAUUGGAAUGAAAUGAGAGGAGCAAGAACAACAAGUCAAGUACAACGUUGGCAUUCAUUGCUACGUCCGUAAGUUAAAAUACUCUGGAUUAUAAAUCCAUGGAGAUUUUUUUUGAUAGAAAAAAAUUAAACGAAACAAAAAAAAAAAAAAAAAA